CGGGGUCGGACGCGACCCGCCCGGUGUCCGCUCUCUCCGCCGCGAUGAAGAGCAGCCGGCGCCUGCUGCUGGCCGCCGCCCUGCUGGCCCUCUGUGGCCGGGCACUGUCGCAGCAGGUAUUUUUCCCCGAUGGUGGUCAUCCAUCGCCUCGACAACGGUCGUCCUACGCCUCCCGGUAUCUGCCGCCCCCUGCGCCCUCCAAGGUGCAUAGAGGCGGCAAGACAUACGUGCCGGGGACCGGUGGCAGCAGCUCCCGCUACCGGGGCGGCUGCGACGCCAUACCGCCGGCGCCCAUGGCGUCCGCCAUCAGGUGCUCCACCUACUCGGGCUGCCGCGCCAAAUGCAUGGCGGGUCACCUGUUCCCGAACGGCGAGGAGCUGAUCCAAAUCCGCUGCGAGAACGGCGUCUGGACGCCGCCCGAGCCGUUCACCGAGAUACCCGACUGCGCCCCGGUCUGCACGCCCGCCUGCCAAAACGGCGGCACCUGCAUCGCCGCCGACGUGUGCCAGUGUACCGAGGGAUACGAUGGCCGCUACUGCGAGGUGCGCCGCCAGCGCUGCACCGCGCCACGGCCCGCCAUCUACAACGCUCGCAUCAGUUGCACCAACACGCGUUGUUCUGUGACCUGCGCUCGGGGCUACGAGACGGCCGACCGCCGCACGGCAUUUGACAUCGAAUGCAGCGAGGACUUCGGCUGGAUCGCGCACGGCGGCAGCAACGUGAUUCCCGUGUGCCAGCCUAUCUGCCGACCGCACUGCGAGAAUGGCGGCAGAUGCGUGGCCUUCAACCUCUGCCAGUGUCCGAAACAAUGGCGCGGACCCUCCUGCCAGUGGUCGGAGGACAACUGCGACCCGAAUACGCAGCUGUCGUUCAACGGCGCCUACAACUGCACGGGCCGCGGCGACCAGUUCGGCUGUCAGCUGAGAUGUGCCGACGGCCUGAGGUUCAGCUCGCCGCCGGCCGACAUCUACCAGUGCGACUACAGCACCGGCCAGUACCACCCCACGCCCAUCCCGCAGUGCGAGCACGAGUACGAGGUGAUCGCGCCGACCCCGGCCACGUUCCUGCCUCCGCCCGUGGCGCCGGAGCCGCGCCAGUGCGCCUUAUGGGCCGGCAAACACGUCAAGACGUUCGACGGCCUUGUCUACAGCUUCACCGGAGGCUGCGCGUUCACGGCGGUGUGGGACAGCGUGACGUCGCUGUUCCGGGUGGCAGUGGUCCGCUCCUGCGAACGACCCGACUGCGGCUGGAACCUGGAGCUCACCAUCGACCGGGCCGUGCUGGCCGUCUCGGCCGGCGACGAUGGCAGCCUCGUCGCCACCGUAAAAAGCGGGUACACUGCUGCUAGAACGCUGCAGCUUCCCGCCGAAGAGGAGGGGCUGGUGGUGGAACAGGAGAACAGCAGGCUGGUCAUCAUCAGGGCCGCUGUCGUCGGCAUAACCGUGCACUUCUCCAAGGACGCGCUGGUGGUGUUCGCCCAGCCGUCGGCGUGGGCCAGGCUGAGCGGGCUCUGCGGUACUCUGGAUGGCUCCGCCCAGAAUGACCUGCUUCCGGAGGGACUGCGUGCCACGCUGCAGGAGAACUUGGUUGAUGGCUUGUGUGCGGCGGGCGCCAUCAACACGGAUCUGCGAUGCAGUCGGCAGCAACAGGAGCACGCCAGGGCCGCCUGCAACGGCGCCCUCAUGCGCGACACCUUCAUACCGUGCCGGGAGUCCGUGGACGUCAGCUCGUUCAUCGCCGCCUGCGUGGCCGACUUCUGCUACACGCUGGGUCAAACAGGCGACCCGGUCGGCGCGCCGUACGCAAGCGACGGCGCCGGAAGCGAGGCCAACGCAGCCGUCUGCGCCACAACUGCCGCCUACGCGGCUGAGUGCGAACGGCGCACGUCUCGUUCGUUCAGCUGGCGCUCCGAGGAGUUCUGCCCGCUGUCUUGUCCGGCCGGACUGGUGUUUAGCCCGUGUGGCGUGCGCCCGUCGAACCGGUGCGGCCCCGUAGUGAGCGACUCCUGGGAGUGUGAAGAGGGCUGCACCUGCCCAACCGGCCUGCUCAUGGAUGGAGACCAGUGUGUCGACCCUGCCCAGUGUUCGUGCAUGCACAACGGAGUCCGCCAUUUGGCUGGAAGCUCGAUCACGCAGGACUGCAAUGGCUGCACGUGCACGGCGGGUGAGUGGACGUGCACGGAGGCCGUCUGCGCCUCCAAGUGCGUAGUGGCCGGAGAUCCGCACUACCUGACCUUCGACGGCGUGCGCUUCGACUACCAGGGUAAAUGCUCCUACUAUCUGUUGCUGGCUAAAGACUACAGUGUCCAGGCAGAGAACGUUCCUUGCUCUGGAGCGAUCUCAGAGAAAAUGAACUACCACCCGUCAACACUGGCCGGCCAGCCGUCCUGCACGCGCUCAGUGCGGAUCGAGUACCAGGGCCUGACGGUGGACCUGAAGCAGGGCCUGAAGGUGAAGGUCAAUGGAGAGACCCCGCCGCUCGUGCCCUGGUGGGUGGACGGCAUCUACAUCAAGUACGCCUCGACCCUGUACCUGUCAGUGACGCUCCCCAACGGUGUGGAGGUGUGGUGGGACGGCGAGACGCGCGCCGUCAUCCACUCGCCAGGCGAGCUGACCGGCGCCAUCGGCGGUCUGUGCGGCAACAACAACGGCAAUCAGCGCGAUGACUUCAGCACCCCGGAGGGUGACAUCGAGACGAACGUGCUGACAUUCGCCUCUCAGUGGCGGGUUGACGAGACAUGUGACGACCGGACCGAGGAGACCACGCAUCCGUGCCAGGCGCACCCCGAGAAGUACGCUGAGGCCGCCAAAUACUGCGACAAGCUCGUCUCUUCACCGGUCUUCCAGGCAUGUCACACGGUGGUGGACCCCACGCCGUACGUCAAGAACUGUCAGUACGACAUGUGCAGCUGCCGCACUGAACUGAAGGACUGCUACUGCGUGCACCUGGCCGACUACGCCGAAGCCUGCACCGCCAACGACGUCGCCAUCGAAUGGCGGUCCGAAGUCGGGCUUUGUGGUGUCAACUGUCCAUACGGCCAGGAGUACAAGAUGUGUGGCGACUCGUGCGCGCACUCCUGCUUUGAUCUGGCGACCAACACCGAAUGCGAGAAGCGUUGUGUGGAGGGCUGCCAGUGCCCGUCCGGUCUGACCCUGGACAACGAGGGCCGCUGUUCCCCCAUCAGCCAGUGUCCCUGCGUGCACAACAACAAGGAGUACAAGCCCGGACACCGGCGCUACGACGGCAAGGGGAGCAGCCUGCAGCUGUGUGAGUGUGUGAACGCACACUGGGAUUGUGAGCUGGCCAAGACCGAGCCGUUCAGGGAGGACCCGGCCAGCAAGUGUGACGCCUCCAAGCACAUGGUGUUCCAGGACUGCCUGCCGCAACACCCGCUCACGUGCAGGAGCCGCAACACGCCGCGACCCGAGAGCUCCAAGUCGCUGCCGUAUGCCUGCGAGCCGGGCUGCGUGUGCGAGGAUGGCCUCCUGCUGGACACCGGCUCGGGCGCGUGCGUGACGGCCGAGCAGUGCCCGUGCCACCACGGCGGCGGCGCGUUCGCUCACGGCCAGAACGUCUCCACCGAGUGCCGCUCCUGUACGUGCCAGAGCGGCACGUGGACUUGCGAGGAGGAGGAGUGCGACGGCGUCUGUACCGCCUGGGGGAACUCCCACUACGAGACAUUCGACGGCCGCAUCUACGACAUUGAGGGAGACUGUCAGUAUAUGCUGGCUAAGGGCAAGAUAUCACACAAGAACCAGUUCGAGAUCAUCGUCGUCAACGUGCCUUGCGGCUCGGGCAGCACGUGCCCCAAGGCAGUGACGGUCAGAGUCGGCCAGGGGGUGAGCCUGGAGAAGAUAACGCUGGAGGAUGGAAAGCCUCUGCCCUCAGCCUUCGAGCUCAGGCGCCUGUCAAUCCGCAAAGCCGGCACCUUCGCCUUCGUCGAGGCGCCAGCACUGGGUGUGGUCGUCCAGUGGGACUACGGAACCCGCAUCUACAUUCGCCUCUCCCCCCAGUGGAAGAAUAAGGUGAAGGGCCUGUGCGGCAACUUCGACGGCAACCCCGGCGACGACUUCCGCGGUCCGUCCGGCCUGCUCGAGAACACGGCCGUCCAGUUCGCCGAACAGUAUAAGCUGCAGCCGUACUGCCCCAGCACAGCUCCCACAAAGGACGCGUGCGCACGGCACCCGGAGCGCCACCUGUUCGCCGUGCGCAAAUGCGCGACCCUGCAGUCGUCGCUGUUCGCCGACUGCCACUCGGAGGUGGACGUGGCGCCGUUCGUCGAGCGCUGCGUGUACGACGCGUGCGCCUGCACCGGCGGCGGCGACUGCGAGUGCCUCUGCACGGCCAUCGCCGCCUACGGCCAGGCGUGCAGUCGGCGCGGCGUGCACGUGCGCUGGCGCUCCAAUGACCUCUGUCCGAUGCAGUGCGAUGCCACCUGCUCGACGUACGACCCGUGCCUGAGCGCCUGCCCGCCCAAGACCUGCGAGAACCGCUACAUCUACGAAGAGAUCGUCACCGUGUGCGCGGAGGACACGUGCGUCGAAGGCUGUCGACCCCGCCCUUGUCCUCCCGGCGAGGUGUAUUCCAACUCGUCUCUCAAGUCGUGUGUCAAGGAGAGCGCGUGCCGCACGAAGUGCGCUGUCAUCGGCGAGCAGCAGUUCUUCGAGGGCGAUGUCGUCUCCAAAGACAAGUGUCACGUUUGCCACUGCACGAGAGGUCAAGUGAAGUGUCGAGGUACCGCCUGCCCUCCACCUGUUGAUCCGAGGCCACCAAAACCACCAGAGCCUGAAACGGGACCAGCUCCUAUCGAGCUGCAGGUGUGCAAGCCUGGAUGGAGCGGCUGGGUGAACCGGAACCGGCCUGUCAUCUACACACGACCCAAGGACGUGGAGCGCAUCCCGUCCUUCAUAGAGCCGGUAGGAGAGGCGCCGAGAUCAAAGCGUGCCGCCGCCUACAGCACGGAGACGGCCGACAUUAGUGACGCCCUGGUCACCGUGGUUGACCUUGUCGCGGGCGCUAGUGAUCAGGUGACGGGAAGGAUCACCUUCGUGCAGAAGAGUGCCGACUCACCACUCACCAUCACUGGUGAGAUCUCAGGACUGUCAGCGGGGGCACACGGCUUCCACAUCCACGAGCAUGGCCGCACCACCGACCAGUGUCGUGACGCCGGCGGCCACUUCAAUCCUGCCGGCGUCGACCACGGCUCGCGCACCAGCGCGACGCGGCACGUCGGCGACCUGGGCAACAUCGUGGCGGACAGUUCUGGGCUGGCGUUGGUGGACAUCACGAUACCGGCGCAGAAAACCAGCCUGUUCGGAAAGCAGAGCGUGAUCGGUCUGGCACUGGUGGUGCACGCCGGCCAGGACGACCUCGGCAGGGGCGGCGACAGCGGCAGCAGGGCCACCGGCAACGCCGGCGGCCGACUGGCCUGCGGCAUCAUCAAGCGUGCCUAUGACGCCAGCACGGGCCCGGCCUUCUGCGCGGACAACCAAGUGACGAAUGUGCGCUGCCGGACGGCCGGCACGCACCUGGGCCUCGCCGAGACGGGCGAGGACGCCAGCUGCACUGUGCAGGAGGGCCUCGUCUGCCACUCUGACUACACCUGCCAGGACUACGAGUUGCAGGUGUUCUGCGACUGCACUAUUGAGCCGACGGAGGCGCCGCCGCCCGAGCCGUCGAAGCCCACCGCCCCGCCGACCCCCUGCGACUCCGAUGCCUGGACGCCCUGGAUGAGUUCACACACGCCAGGCCCGGGAAACUGGGUCGACAUCGAAGACCGCCAGACGCUGCGCGAGCAGCACUCGUUCUGCGCGGACGAGUACAUCACGGCGCUCGAAUGCCGCACCAAACUGGGUCAGAAGGAUGUCACGCAGGUGGGCGGCGGCGCCGUCUGCGACCUGAACCACGGCCUCGUCUGCUCGGACGCCCUCGGCUAUUGCGACGAUUUUGAAGUGAGGUUCUUCUGUAACUGUGAGGAGCAAGUGAUCGUCCCGCCAACAAGACCUACAGAUACGGCGACCCCUUGUUCUGGCGUGCAGCCAUUGACCGAGCAUGAGAGUGACUGCGGCAAGUUCUACCACUGUGUGCCCGGCCAGGGCAAGGUGGAAAAGACAUGUGGGCCAGGCCUUAUGUUCAACCCGCGCAUCGGCUCGUGCGACUUCUCGGCGAACGUAAUCAAGGCGCGGCCCUCCUGCGGCCCCCCGGACGAGGUCGUCACCACCGAGCAGCCAGCCGUGCACUGCAGCGAUAUCCACCCACUGCGCGCGCACCCUACCGACUGCCACCAGUACUACCAAUGUGUGCGCACGGCCAACGAUGAGCUACAGGAGUACCUGCGCUCCUGCGGGCCGGACAUGAUGUACAACCCGGACUCGAUGACGUGCGACUCGCUGUUCAACGUGCUGGCCCUGCGGCCCGAGUGUGAGGAGGUGGUCGAGGCCACCCCGACGCCGCCGGAGGUCACCACCCCCACCCCGGAACGACGUACGACGAACUGCAGGAUUCGCUGUGACCAGCUCUGCCACUACUUCAGCGGCUUCCUUCAGUCCCGCGGUUUCUGCCAGGUGCGGGACGCUUGCAAGCCCGGAUGUGUGGAGGAUACGGUCGGUUAUCGCGGCUGCCCGCCCGACUUCGUCUGGAGGGAUGAGGACAACUGUGUGCGCAUCACAGACUGCAACUGCCGCCUGCCCAACGGCAAACCUCUGGCGGCGGGCCAGGUGAUCGUCGAGGACGAUGGCUGCACCCGGGUGCAGUGUGUCAACAACGAGGUCAUCUACGAGACGAGCGACUGCCGACCGGUGACGGAGCCACCCAGGGUUCUCGACUGUGACCGUUGGGGCGAAUGGAUCGACCAGACCGACCCCAACGUUGGAAUGUACGAAGUGGAGAUGCUUCCUUGGUGGGGAGACUUCUGUCAGGGCGCCCACCUGAGCCAGAUCGAGUGUCAGCUGAGUGACACGAGCAUGCCGUACGACACGUCCGAUGACGUCGGCGUCACCUGUGACGUCAAGAGUGGCCUGACGUGCCGUAACGCCGCUCAGCCGGACGGCCGCUGUCACAACUACCGCGUCAGAUACUUCUGCUCCUGCGAUGCUCCGCCCACCGAGGCGCCAUCCACUCCGGAACCGACCACAACCACUCCCGGGCCGACCACCGAACCGCCCCAGACGUGGCCACCCGUCAUCCCGCCGGAGGAGUGCGACGUUGAGAGGUUCGUGCCGCUCGUGAAUGGUGAUGAGCCACUGCCAGACUCCAGCUUUUCAUCCUCUUCUACGGCGGGGCCGGAGGGGAGACCCUCCAACGCCAGGAUCACCGAACAGCCCCAAGAUGCGGCCCGCUUCUGGCUGCCGGCCUCCGACAACCAGGAGCAGUACCUUCAGGUGGACCUCGGCUCCGAGCAGCCCGUCUACGCUGUCAAGCUGGCCGGCAGCAAACUGCUCAAGUCGGCCGUGGUCGCCUUCGAGCUGUGGUUCAGAGCCGAAGACGGCGAGCUGCGGCCGCUGACGGACGCGCAGGGGCACCCCCAGGAGCUGACUUCCAUCUCGCCCCUGAACGAGGCGGCGCCCGUCAUCCUACCGACGCCGAUGACGGCGCGUUAUGUGCGGCUAGUGCCACGCAGCUGGCAGCAGCGCAUCGCAGUCAAGCUGGAGGUGUACGGCUGCGGUGUCGCCACACUGCCGCCGACCACCACACCUCUUCCCGUCACCGUCUCCACGGUGGAGCCACCACCGCACUGCGAUGAGGAACAGUACGUUCGCCUUCUGAACGGUAACCAGCCCCUGCCGGACAGCAGCAUCACUGCUUCCUCCAUCGUCAGCCCCGAGAUGGCGGCACGUUACGCCAAGAUCCGUGCCAAGCCCGAUGACAAGCUGCGGUCGUGGGUGGCGAAGAGCAGCGACCAGAACCAGUUCCUACAGGUGGACCUGGGCAGCGUACAGCCCGUCUAUGCCCUGAUCGUUCGUGGCAACAAGGCCGUUUCCUCCAGCGUCACCGAGUUUGAGCUGCUCUACAGCUUGGACGGGAAGGUCUACAGCUACGCCGUCAACCAGAUGUCGCAGCCGGCGAGGCUCGUGGCGGCCGACCCGUUGGGCGAGGAGCCGGGCCGGGUCACGCUGCCGGUGCCGGUGGAGGGACGCUACCUGCGGCUGCACCCGCUCGACUGGCACUUGCGGAUCGCGCUCAAGCUCGAGCUGUUCGGCUGCAGCCGCGCCACGACGCCGCCGCCCACCGAGCCAACGCCUCCGCCGCGCUGCAUGGAGCCCAUGGGCAUCGAGAACGGCCUGCUGCACAACUCACUGGUCCAGGUGUCGUCACAAAUCUCCGAAGAUCACGGUGCAUCUGCGGUGAGACCGGGAUCCGCCGGCUGGAUUCCGAAACAGUCCAACAACAAACAGUUCAUCAGGAUCAACUUCAGUGACGAGCGCGUGCUGGACGCCGUCAUCACCACCGGCGUGCUGGUGAAGGGCGAGCCGGUGCCCGGCUACCCGGGCACCCUGCAGCCCGACCAGACGCGCUACAUCGGCUCGUACCGCGUGCGGUACUCCCAGGACGGCAUCAACUGGAUCUGGGUGUACAACAAGAGCGGGCGGGUGAAGGUGUUCCCCGGCCACACGGAGAGGACGGCGCUUAAGCCUAUGCAGAAUGUAUUCGACCAGCCGGUGAACGCCCAGUACAUAGAGAUAAUGCCCGAGACAUGGUCGGACGACGGCAUCGGCUCCAAGCUAGAGAUCCUCGGAUGCUACCACCCAUACCCCGAGGUCACGACCACGACCGAGGGGCCGGAGCCGAUCCGCGAGUGCCAGGCCUGCGACGACCUGCCGCUCUCCGAGAUGGCCGGCUGCGAGCAGUGCGAAGCCGACACCUGGUGGAACGGCACGGCCUGCCUGGACGGGCCCACGCUCUGUCCCUGCUUCUACAACGGCCGCGCGUACGAGGUGAGCUCGGUCUUCGACCUGACCGACUGCCAGGAGUGUAUCUGCAAGUUGAGGGGCGAACGGGUGUGCGAGCGCAAGACCUGCCCGCCGUGUGGAGGCGAUCUGGUGGCGCACCUCUCCGACAGUUGCGACUGCCAGUGCAACCCAUGCGAGGAGGGCACGCGCAUCUGUCCCACGAGCCGCACCUGCCUCGAGGAGGAGAAGUGGUGUGACGGUGUGAAGCAGUGCCCCGACGACGAGGGUGACGAGUGUCGGGAGCCAGAGGCGACUGAGCCGCCGCCGGAGCCUACCCAGCCACCCAUCCUGCCGCAGUACUGCACGCUCAAGGGCAACACCUUCAACACGUUCGACGACGUCGAGUACAAGUACCAGAUCUGCCACCACACACUGCUCAAGGAGGAGGGUCUCUGGGAGGUGACGGUGCACAGGGAGUGUGCUGGCACCGAGUGCCGGCGCGUGGUUCGGAUCACCACGCUGGGAGAGCUGGUCACUAUCGUGCCUGGCGCUGGCGUCGAGUAUGGCGGCUUCACCUACAGCCUGAAGCAGGCGAGCGCGCUGCGCUCCAAGGUCAACACAUUCAAGAUCUCCACCACCGGCUCCACCAUUCUCUUCAACGCGCCGGACAUUGGCUUCGCCGUGCUCGUCAACAAUAUCGGCAACGUCGUAGUUGGGAUCAACAACAAGCACUACGGCUCGGUGCGCGGUCUGUGCGGCGACUUCGACGGCAACAAGUACAACGACAAGCAGACGCCAGCCGGUGAGCUGGCCGGCUCGACCGUCGAGUUCGGCGACAGCUGGGCGCUGAUGGACCGGCCGCAGAGCUGCGAGCCCGAGACCUGCCAGCACGCCAAGGAGGCCUUCUCACUCUGCCAGAAGAUUAGGCUGUCGCCGUUCUCGCUGUGCCACUCGACCGUGGGACCGGACUCGUUCAUCUCCUCCUGCCUGGAAACGUCGUGCGCCUGCCUGGACGCUGGCAAAGACCCGGACGAAUGUCGCUGCGCCGCUCUCACCACCUACAUCACCGAGUGUCUCAGCCUGGACCCGUCGGUGGAGCUCAGCUCGUGGCGCACCGAGCACCAGUGCCCCUCGCAGUGCCCGCCCGGCGAGGUGUACCGGGACUGCUACCGGCCGACCUGCGAGCCCAGCUGCGACCAGCUGGCUCCCUGCGACGUGCUGCCCGACAUGUGCUUCCAGGGCUGCUACUGCCCCGACGGUCAGGUCCGGCGCGACGACCGCUGCGUCGACCCCGUCGACUGCCGCGACUGCCAGUGCGGUGUGUAUCCUGACGGCCAGUUCGACUCAUUUGACAAAGAGGAGCGCACCCUCAACACCAACUGCACCUACCUGGCCGCCGGCCGGCAAGAGCCCAACGGCAAAUUCAACUUCAUGGUCUUCGUGGACAACGGCAACUGUCUGACGUCGUACGCCCGCGAGGUCACCUGCACCGACGACGUGCGCGUGGAGUGGGACGGCAACGUGGUGCUGAUGAAGCGCUCCGGCCAGCUGGUGGAGGUGUUCGUGAACGGCGCCAUGGUGGAGGGCUUCUACCACGAGUACGACUGGGGCUCGCUGUCCCAGCCGCCACGCGGCUCCGUGCUGCUGACCGUGGCGAAGCUUCAUCUGGAGAUCAGCCUGCGCCCCGACUCUGGCGCCCUCUCCGUCCGCAUGCCGUCCAAGGUGUACGGCGGCAGCGUCAACGGCGUGUGCGGCAACUGUGAUGGCAACGCCGAAGACGAAGCGGCGUCACAUCCCGUGCUUUGGCUGCUGGACUCCGAGGACCCGGCGUCGUGCGUGGAGGAGGUGGCCGCGUGCGUGCCGCCGCCGGCCGAGCAGGACACGUGUCAAAAGAUGCUGGACGAAGCGCUGUUUGGCUCGUGCCACCUGCUGGAGGACCCUGCGCCAUUCGUCGCCGCUUGUCAGAGACGCACAUGUGACGACUACGAGCACAGCGUGUGCGACGAGCUGGAGCUGUAUGCGCGCCGCUGCUACGAGCGCGGCCUGUGUGUGCAGUGGCGCUCCCAGGGUGUGUGUGACCGGACCGAGACGUGCCCGCCCAGCAUGCAGUACCGCCAGUGCUCCGGCACCUGUCUCAGGAGCUGCGAGAAGCGCGACUGCCCGCUGCUCGAGAUGGACGGCUGCUUCUGCGCCGAGGGACAGGUGUUCGAAGAUGGUGUUUGCGUGAGCGACACUCAAUGCAACUUCUGCGACGAGCUGGGCCAUCGUCCGGGCGACUCGUGGCGACCGGACAACUGCACGCGCUGCGAGUGCCUGCCGUCUGGCUCUUCGCAGUGCACCUCGGUGGAGUGCCCGCCGCAGUCGGUGCUGGCCUGCGCGGAGGACGAGACGGUGGUCGAGCUGUCCGAAACGGCCACCGAGUGCUGCCCGGCUCGUCACGAAUGUCGCCUCGUGGCCGUCACUACCACCACCACCGUCGCACCGCCCACCUCCCCGGCCGCGAUCCACUGCCCGGACGUGGUGGAGCCGGCGUGCAAAGCCAGCGAGGGCAAGCUCAUGCAGCGAAUCGUCGUCAACGGCUGUCCGGUGGCGGUGUGCGCCUGCGUGCCGGCCGACCAGUGCCCGCCGACGGAGGAGCUGCGCGCGCUCAAGGUCGGCGAGCGCAUCGAUGAGCGCAACGACACGUGCUGCCCGGUGCGCUCGAUCGAGUGCGAGCCGGCGCGCUGCCCGAAGGCGCCCGACUGCCCGUCCGACUUUGAGUUGCACACGCCGCCAGAGACGGCCGCCGACUGCUGCCCGCCGAGUUAUUGCCGCCAGCCGCCCGGCACCUGUCUGGUGCGGCUCGACGUGGCCAUCGACAUCCGUUCCAUCACCGCCGACGACACGGAGGGCUUCGUGUUGAAGCGCGACGGCGAUGUGUGGUCGGAUGGCUUCUGCGACAACUGCACGUGCCGCGAGGUGCCUGACGGCGAUCCACGCUAUCAGCCCUUGUGUGUGCGGCUGGCCUGUCCCGAGCCGACGGCCGCCGACCGCCAGCAGUAUGUGUACGGCGAGGAUGAGGACAGCGACGACCCGUGCUGCGCGUCGUUCGUGCGCGUCGCCUGCAGGGAUAACGGCAAGGUGCACCAGCCGGGCGAGACGUGGGCCCAGGUGAACGGCGGCCUGCCCGCGGACCCCUGCGUCACUUGGGAGUGUGCCCUCAACCCGGAGCUGGGCGUGGUCAAGGUGCCCACCCGCGAGAAAUGCGUCGAGGACUGCCGCCUGGGUCACACGUACGUGCCGGCGGCGCCCGGCUCGGGCGAAUGCUGCGGCCACUGUGAGCGCACGGCGUGCGUGGCGAACGGCGUGGUGCGGGCCGAGGGCGCCCUCUGGAACUCUGCCGACGGAUGCACCGAGUACAGGUGCGAGCGCGACAUCUUCGACGACCAGCUGACGGUGGUGAGCUCGGCCAGCCUGUGCCGUGACGUCAGCGACUGCCCGCCCGAGAACCUGUACACGGACGAGACGGGCUGCUGCCAGCGCUGCAAUCGCACAGAUAACUGCCACGUGAAGGUGGUGCCGCCCCCCGAAACGGUCGGCAUGUUCAAGGAAGGCGACUGCGUCAACGUCAGGCCUGUUGCUGGAAUCAUCAGCUGUCAGGGCGCCUGCGACUCGCUAGCCUUCUUCGACACAGAGUCCUCCAGCAUCCAGUCGGGCUGCAAGUGCUGCAGCGUGACCACCACCCGCCAGCUGGACUUGCAGCUGACCUGCGAGCGCACCGACGUGUUCGGCCGGCCUCAGACCAGCACCAUCUACCACACGUUCACGGUGCCCGACGGCUGCGCGUGCAGCAAGUGCGACAGCUCGUCGACCGGCCUGGGCGGCGCGGCCGGCGCCUUCUGGCAGCAGUCGACGGGCGAGGAGUGGAGCCAGCAGACGGGCGACGCCGGCUUCGGCGGCGACGCGUUCCCCUGGGGCGACGCUGGCUCCGAAACCACGUUCUCCGUUGACAACGGCAAGGACGUCGGCUUUGUGGACACGACGCACCGCGGCAGGCUGCCCAGAAUCUCCGACAGCGACUUCUUCGACCUGCUGUCAGAAAGCGCCGGCCCGGCCGCCGACGAAAACAUCGGUAGGGGGGAGAUCUACUGAGCGGCGCGCUUGUGUCCCGGGUGAUCCAGCGUCUGCUGCGGUACACCGAGUGUGCCAGGGUUCACCAGCGUCCACAGGUACCUGCCGGGAUCCACCAAGGCGCGCUGGGCUGCGCUUCAGUGCGUUGACGUGCGUGGUUUUCACCGGGCUCUUGGGGUGCGCUCAGGCCCAUGGAAGUUGACUCGAGUUGGGGUUAGGAAGAGAGGAACCGUGUGAGCAUCACUCACGACUCCCGUGCACGGAAGAAGAGGCGAGUAGCUUGGGUCGAAUCCUGCGCGGGCUUCACCAGGGACACGACGCGGUUUGUGUUAAGGCAGGAAUGCAGGCCGCUCCUGGUGCGGCCGUGAGCGCGAGGACCGGAAGACUGGCAGUGGUCAGCCCUCUUUGGUGGUCGCUUUACAGCGAACCAGUGACAACCGCCUGCGGUUUGUAAGUCUGCACGCUGGAAUUAUUUGUGUUGUGUUAAAUGCGACGUGUUGUUCGAAGAAGAGGCACCCGUUCUGUUCAAGUCAAUUUGCUUUCAUGCUAUCCGCAUCCGAAGGUAGCUUGCGAUAGCCUGAGAUGAUACAUUGCUUGAGGGAAUAUGUCGUGGUGUGUCAUGCUUGCGUUAGAUAUGUUGCGUAGCAUUUAUUUAAGAACGUCCAAUGACCCCAGCAGGCGUCAUCAGGCUGCUGGUUGAACGCACAGAGACAUGUGCAAUUCAGCUACGAAAUAUUCGACGACGAUUGCUGGGAUUCAGAUAUACCUGCGCAUUGUGUUGCACAUAGUGCUUUGGAAGUGUAAGGAUCUAGGAGAUACAUACUAGUGCACGUCAAUAAAGUACAUGGCUAUAAACAGAAAAAGUUACGUACUUUACAGCUGUGGGCCUUGAGGCCAGGGAAUCGUGUAAGUGCAGUGAUG